GGGGACGGGAGGCGGACAAACUGACACCGUUGUCAGAGGCGAAGGAGAAGCGGCUUCGGAGCCGAACUGAAGGCGGCGGAACGGGCGGAGUCGGCGUUACCGAGCGAGCGGCCCCCGGGCGGGGCGGGGCGGGGGCCAGAGAGCCGGACAGCGGCGCCAGUCGCCGCUUUGUUUGUCUUUCGUUUUGAACUGUGGCCGUUAAAAGGGCGGAGUUGCCGUUGGGCGCCAUCUUGUGACUUGUCCCUCGCCCUGGAGUCAGGCAGCGGGAAUGUUGCUCACAGCCGCUCUCCUGCUCCUCCUGGCGCCUCAGGGUCACCAGAAGAAAUAUGAAUCUGGUCUCGAACAGUACUCUGUUCUUCACCCUCAGUUUUCUGAAAACAACAAUCAAAGCAGUGAGCUGAACUCAUGGAACUAUCCCACGUAUGAUGAGAUGUCACCGUUUUUGGAAUAUGAAGUGGGUACAUCCCAUUUUAAGAAUCUCCGGAGCCAUGUAAUACACCCUUCGAGUUACAGUUCUCUCCUGUUGGAGCAUUUGGAAAUGAAUGACAGUAGAAUGAAUUUUCAACCAAGAAAACGAGAUGGAACGGAUGAAGUUGCACCAUCUAAAGAAUCUUCAGAUGAAAAGAAGAGCAUUGAAUUUAGAAAACCGAUUUAUCGUGUACUGGGCUCCUCAGUUGUAUUUGCUGGGUUCACACUCACAACUCUCAACACACUUGAUUUUCUGCAAUGGAAACAUGUAACACGUGAAAGUGAGAUAAUUAUCGGAGGCUAUGUUACUCGCUAUGAGACUGCUUCUCUGCAUCAUCUAUACAGGCAUCGAGCAAAUAUAAGUGAAGGAUCUCUUCUAUUGAAGCAAUUAGAAAAAGAAGACAGUGGUCUAUAUUGUAAAAGAUCAGAAAAGCUUGAUCUUCAAACCAAGGUUACUGAAAUAAAUGAGGUCUACACAGAGUUGAUAAUUGAAGAAAAACUGCCAAUACCAAUCAUACUGAAGGAACCCAGCUAUGUGGGCAAUGUUGUUGUGUUGAGUUGCCUUCUCAACAACAAAAUGAUUUAUAACAUGUCUUGGACGAAAGAAGGUGAAACUCUAUACAGUGACAGCCAUUUGAAUGUAACAUUUAACAACAGCACACUGAUCAUUACAAAUCCAACACUCGUAGACUGUGGCAUGUAUACAUGCAUUGUGAAAAACCACGUCAGCCUGAACAGACACUCACGUGUCCUCCUGAUCGAUGGGAUUCUGUUUGCUCACAAACAUACUUUCAUUGCCUAUAUCAUUGCACUGGUCAGCAAUGUAACAUCCUUGGGUUCAUCGGUGUACUUAAUCUUCUUUGCCUUGUUGGAAUUUAGAGUUUACAAACGCCACGUGCAACUCACUGCUAUUGGUGUAUUCUUUCAAAUGCUCGCCUUGGUUUGCAUGUUAACUGCAUCUAUUUUGGGUGUAUUAGACAUAGGAUUUGCUGUAGGAUACAGAGUUCUUUCAGGAUUUACAUUUGUUGCUGUCAUAAUAAUGAUUUGCUACAUUACUUUCAUUUACCUGCGCCCUGAAAAUGAGCUAAAUCGGUCAUUUUUGUUAACUAAGCAUCAUCGUAAUACCAUUCUAGUAUAUGAAGUAAUUGCUGUGUUCAUUUCAUUUAUCCCGAUUUAUAAAGCAAAACAAAACAUGAAUAUGUGUAAGGUCCCAUUCUCUACACUGGCAGUUGUCGCUACUAUCGCAAUCGUUGUCUUCUUGGUUGCUGUAGGAAUACUCUGUACGAUAGUUGUGAAAUGGAUGCAGGAAUGGCAGCAUCCCAUCAAACACUUCAGAAAAUGAACAUCCCUGUGGUUUUAGUAGCACGACUUAUUCUGAAGACUGCUUUUCUAGGCUUCAAUUACGAAUAUUACUUUGGUUGUGUGGAGAGGUGAGCAACAGAUAGCCACAGCUGAUAGCAAGACCUACUAAACAUGAAAAUGGUAUCGCCACCUAAGAAGUGGGAAUUGGAUCAUUCAUCUCCAAGCAGGAAAUGCAGCAAAUGCAAAUGGAAGACUGCUCUUUGGGGAUUAAUGAUACAAAGAACCGAAAAAAUGCCUAUGUACAGCAGAAUCCGCUUUAGCCAGAUACAUGGGGCAGGGAGCCUUGUCUGAUUUACCCGGUGUCCGGUAACCAAGGUUCUUAACCUUUUUCUUCUCUUCCCACCAUCUCCUCUGCUGAGUGCCUCUUCCCUCCAUUGCCAUUACCGUUGGACGGGAAGGCGACUAAUUAUUGCCGGCUCCAAAAGGUGUCAUCUCAUUGGGACACUCACUGUCUGGGUCAGAAUGUGGGACACUCACUCACUCGCUGUCUGGGUCAGAGUGUGGGACACUCACUCGCUGUCUGGGUCAGAGUGUGGGACACUCACGUCUGGGUCAGAGUAUAUGAUACUCACUGUCAGGGUCAGAGUGUACGACACUCACUCACUGUCUGGGUUCAUUGUCAAUCACAAUGUAACUCCUCUCAUCUCUAUCUUGGAGCUGCUUGUGGCUGAAUGGAGCCACUUGAGAACAAUGAAAGCCCGAGUGAGUAUAUUCAACAGUAACCAGCGACCAGCGCGUUAUUUUGCCUGAAUUAACAUCUGCAUUAACGGGGGGGGGUUUUAAAACAGGUAAUGAAUCAGGGCUGGGCAUUCUAUGCAGCGUCCGGGGAUAACUGGCAUCCAGCUAAAGAGGACUCCACUAUGUAAUAUAAAUGUGUGCGCGUGUAUAAAUUUAUCUUAGUUGUAGCAAAAUCCAAGCACUCUGGGAUGCUACCCUGCGUGAAGGUGCUAUAUAAAUGCAAGUUUCUGUUUUUGUUGUUUGAAAGUGUUCAACGUUUUGUUUUGUUCAUGUGUGGACAUACAAUCUAAAGUCUUUUACCAAAUGCCAUUUGUUUUUUUAACAAGGGGAAAAUGUAUUCAAUGCUAAAUAUAGGAUUUGAAAACUAUAUGGUACCCAAUAACACUAAUAAACCUUAUGUUUGAUUUUCAAAGCAAAUAAACAAAUAAAAACUAAAGAAAUAAAAAAUAAA